AUGAAACGUUUGUGGGUCUUAGAAGGUGCCAUCGGACUCAAAUUUAGUCCCGUUGGAAGCCCGAAACCUCCCUUAUCAAAAGUUAUUCCAAUUACCUGUAGGGGGCUACGCCGUCGGGUUCGCUACGGAGAAACGUCUCUAGGUGUAGAGCUACCGACGCAUCUCCCGAACGUGGGUGGCAUCCCGUUAAUGCGCCUUGCAAUUUCCCUUCGGCCUUCAAGUUUCCUUGUUCCCAGAAGCAUUAUAGCUACUGGGGAACUUCCAGCUCGACGGCAACGGAUAACCCCUCGGCCAGAUCCCGUGGAACCAAAGCGGUUCUUUCCGGCGUGGGGUUUUCCCGCCGCUCACCGUCCUCGGAGGCUGAGCUCCACGGCGAGAGGGGCAAUCUGGCGCGCCCUCCCUUGGCAGCUGCCUGGCUGCCGCCACUUCGCCGGGGGCAAGAAAAACUCGCCUGCGCCUGACACGCCGGCUCUCUGCUGCCGGCUGGGCGCGGAGGAAGCCCGGAGCCUUUUGGGUAAGCAACGCGGCUCGGCUGCGGCCUCUCGGGCUCCCUCUGCAGUUCCUGUCCAGCCGCCGCCCUCCUCGCCUUGGCGCAGCGGCCUUCCAGAGCCUCGCCGGAGCCACCGCGGAGACAAGGGCCGGCCUCGCCGCGACCAGAGCAUGACCAAAGGCGUCGCAGGCAGCCGAGCCUCUCCGGCCCGGCUCCUCCUCCUGCCGCCGCCGGUGCUGCUGUGGAGCGUAAUCGCGUCCCUGGCUUGCCGGAGCCUGGCGAGCGCGCAGCAGCCCGUCCCCUGCCAGGCCCCGGUGCAGUGGGAGGGGCGCACGGUGCGCUACGACCACAACACCGGCAAGAACAUCCGGGCCCUGGUCACCUACGACGGCCCCAACCAGCGCCUCCGGGUGCUGGAGGAGAAGAAGGGCCUCAUCCCUUGCAAGAAAUUUUUUGAAUAUAUAUACCUGUAUAAAGAUGAAGUGAUGUUUCAGAUUGAGCAGGUUACAAAGCUGUGCUCCAAGAUGCCUUUAACUGAGCCAUGGGAUCCUUAUGAUAUUCCUGACAAUUCCACCUAUGAAGAUCAGUACUAUAUCGGAGGACCUUCAGAUCAAAUUAUGGUACAGGAAUGGUCGGAUAGAAAACCAGCUAGGAAAUUUGAAACCUGGGUUGGCGUUUACACAAUGAAGGACUGUUACCCAGUUCAGGAAACCUACACCAGGAACUACAGCAUGACCACCUCCACCCGCUUCUUUGAUCUAAAGCUUGGGAUAAGUGACCCAUCUGUAUUCACUCCUCCCAGCACCUGCCAAAAGGCUCUGCCAAAAAGGAUGAGUGACGAAUGUUGAUGGUGGACAUUGGCUUUUGUACACAAACAAAGGAUACAGUGUCGGUGGUCAUCAGUUAUCAAUCACUGGCAUCUGACAUGAGCGUUGCGCUUUGCAGAACAGCAGAGUUAGGGAAUGGGGCUAGGUAGACUAGGAUCUCCAUCUCUUCCCUCAGUGUCUCAUUCUAACGUUGCUCUCCUACAUGGUGGUUAUUAAUGUUUCUGGACAUUUAUUUAAGCUGCUAAGUUGUUGUUGUUUCGGCGGGGGGAGAAUUUAAUUGUUUUUAAUUCCCUAGAAGCAUACCAUCCUUUACAAUGUAUAUUAAAAACAUGGGGCACUUUUGUUAAUUUUGGAGGAAAGGAUAGAGUAUAACAUAUAUAGGAACAAAGGUACUACCAUAACAUGGCAUCAGCAGCCAGGAGCAUCAUACUGAUUAUAUACAUUUUCUAGCAUUGCUCUCCUUGGUUUUCUGGAAACUAAUAUACUGAAUUGAUUAUACUAUUAUACUGAAUUGAUACCAACAUUAGCUUUUCUAUGUGAUAACAGGAAUAAGAAAUUACUAUAAGUGACCUUGUACUUUAAUGGAAAGUACUACAGGUUUAGAGUAGGUCUCUUUUCAUGCAUGGCUUGUGUGGUCCUUGUGCCAGAGAUACCAGUUGCUUUGCUUGUAUUAGCAGUCUUUCUUAAAAAGACUCACAGCUUAGACCUAAGAUCCCAAUGCCAGCGUAUCUCCAAGAUAUUCUGAUGUAGGGCCUAGUCAUUAUCCUGAAACCUUUCAAGGUGGGGUUUAGGGCUGGACUGGUUCUGGGUUUUGCCAGAAAAGCACAUUAUAAUGUGUGGUUAUAGAAAAACGCUUGCUAAGCAGUAUGGGACACCCAGUUAUUACUGAGUUAAUUUCAUAGAGUGAAAAGCACAGAUAAGUCAAGGUUAAUGUCAUGGUUGGUCUGAACUUGGAUAGCCAUUGGGACACCAUUGCAGGAGGGGUUGAGGGUGAAAAUGGUAUUUCAGCGCUGGGUGCAAUAAAUUUCACAACUGAAUUUAAAAAAAAACUUCCCUUGAAUCAAA